UCUGGAAGGAGAAGCUGGGAGCUCAGAGAAGAGUCUAAACCAUCUUCUGAAAGCACUGGCAUAAGUGGACAAGUCAGAGUUUACAGAAAAAAAUCUAAGAAGCCAAGUACACAUCCAGCUACUGAGUUUGUCCUGCAGAGGGAAUUCAUGGAGAUGUCUGUGUGAAGCUGUUGCCUUUGUGAAGCCACCUUCUCUGUGGCUCUUAGCCAAGUAUCUGGUAGGAGGUCUUGGGCUGCAGGACCAGAAUUUGGGAAGAACAGCAGGAUGCAAAGCAGAGGAGAACAAGGGAAAGUUGGAAUCUGUUAGGUACUUCUGUGUCUGUCACCCCAUCUAACUUUGAAGAGCUUCACAGAGUAAAGGACUGCCCUUCACUUCCACAUCCCAAAGUCUCACACAAGGUCUUCUCUUGGCCAACUUGGACCUGGAACCAGACAGGACAGGGAAUUCCUAGCUCAACCAAAGUGGAUAAAAUCCUGACUCCUGUAGUGCGUGUGUAGGGUGACUGUAUGACUGACACUCAAACUGGGAUGGCUGUUAAUACGUAUGUAAGGAAAACAGAUGCAAGGAGGACUCUCCCAGGCAAACCAAGACGUAUCCAUGAGACCCUGCUAGAUCUGGCUGCGGCCCCAACUGUCCCUGUCCUCAUCUGCCCACUUUGCUCCAGAUUAGAAGUUUCUGGACCUGGCAAUGGAACCUCUUUUAGGGCUGAAAUUGAAGACAACAAUUAUUCUGACCCAAGAGCUUGGGCUAUAAACUCCUUGGGAAGUCGGCCCACUUUUCACACGGACAAAUGGCAACUCAUGAACAAAGAGGCACAGGAAGAGAGAAAGGGGUCAGGGAAGGUAACAUUUCCUGAGUGCCCACACAAGGCCUGGAACACCACAUGCUUGAGUUCAUUUACAAACAGCCACUUGAGGAACACCGUGACACUGAGGUUGAGAGAAAGAAAUGAGCAUUUUGGCAGAGGAUGGGGUCUGGGGCAGGUGCUGACAGCUGAGCCAUUCCAUGCACCUUCGGAGCAAAGAACUGCCGGAACCCAGGGCCAAGUUCAGAGCCUGAAAUUUUUUUCAAAGGCUGCAAGGAGAAACCUGGAGGGACUGAUCACACAUUACAUAAGCCAGUACAAACCAUGCUUUAGUGACAUUGAUCAGGCCACAGAUGACUGAGUUAUGAGAGGCCAUGAGCUUUCCAAGGUCAGUUUCCUAAACCAGCUGCUUCUCAUCAGUCCGGUCCCCACUGGCCAGAGCUGUUGACAUCCUGGAAGAUAAUCUUAUAUUCCUACAAAGCACUGAAUGCCAUUCUAAAGAAAAGGAAGUUUACACUAUAAGCCCUUACAUGAAGGGUCAUCCUCUG